AUGGACUCCAUGUUCGAGGACGACAUCAGCAUCCUGACGCAAGAGGCGCUGGGGCCGGACGAGGACUGGCUCGACAGCCCCAACACCGACCUCUCGGGCGAGAUGUGCUCGGCCUCUCACUUCGCCCUCAUCACCGCCUACGACGACAUCAAGAACCGGCUGACGGGGCUGGAGAGGGAAAACUCCACGCUCAAGCGCCGGCUCAAGAUGUACGAGGUCAAGUACCCACUGAUCGGCGAGUUCGGGGAGGACCACAUCUUCUCCCUCUACGAGGCCAAGGAGACGUCGCUGCUCAAGAGUGAGAAGGCGUCGCUGCAGCAGCAGCUCAACCAGUUCCAGCACGAGCUGCAGAAGAGCAAAGAGCGGGAGGAGCAGCUGGAGGAGAUGAUCCAGGCCUACGAGAAGCUGUGUGUGGAGAAGGCUGACCUGGAGACGGAGCUGGGAGAGAUGCGGGCGCUGGUGGAGACGCAUCUGAGCCGCAUCCGGAGCUUGGAGCAGCAGCUGCGGCAGCGCGACGGUGGCACCUUCCCCGGGCUGGGCGCCCCGCUGCCAGGCCAGGAGGUGCCUUUUCUCGCCCUGCACCCCAACCCCGGCCUGACCCACGUGCUGGAGCGUGCCGGGGGCUGGCAGAGCCGGGGGCUGGAGGCCGAGCUGGAGGCAGCGCGGCAGGAGACCCAGCGCGCCCAGCACCGCGAGGAGCAUCUCAAGGCCGAGUGCGAGCGGCUGCAGGCGGAGCUGAAGCACCUGCAGGACACCCGGGAGCAGGACCAGUCGGAGCGGGAUAUGGCUUGGGUGAAGAAGGUGGGCGAUGACCAGGUGAACCUGGCGCUGGCCUACACUGAGCUGACGGAGGAGCUGUGCCGCCUGAGGAACCUCAGCUCCCUGCAGAGCCAGAUCCUCCGUGCCCUGCUGCAGGAGAAGAGCCUCAGUGGCGGCCAGCGCCACUCCCCGCUGUCCCAGUGCCAUUCCCCAGCCCAGCAGCGCCGCUCGCCCGCCCCGCAGUGCCCCUCGCCCGCUCCGCCGGGGCGUUCGCCAGCACCCCAGUGCCAGUCGCCAGCGCUGCAACGGCGCUCGCCAGGACCCCCCAGCCAGUCGCCAGCCCAGCAGCGUCGCUCGCCAGCCCCCGGCCCCUGCCAGUCCCCUGCCCAGCAGCGCCGGUCCCCGGUACCCCCUUCCAGCCAGUCACCCGCCCAGCAGCGCCGGUCUCCAGCCCCGCCACCCUGCCCGUCCCCGGCCUCGGCGUCACCGCACCGGCUGCCCGGCGAGAGGAUGGAGCUGGGCUAUGCCAAACCCUCCAGCCGCCACAUCAAAGCCGGCUUCCAGGGCCGCCGCAGCUACUCGGAGGUGAGCAACGUGGCCCUGUACCAGCAGAGCCGCUCGCUCUGGCUCCAGCCCGAAGCCUCGACGCUCCCCAAGCACCGGCCCUACGGCGAGGUCUACCUGGGGGGCGCAGGGGCCCCCCUGAGCACCCGCGAGCCUUUUGAGGAGCACAUGCGCUUUGAGAAGCAAUCGUCGGAUGAAGAGGAGUGGGCGCUCCCCAGUCCCCCCAGCCCCGAGGCGGGGGCCAUCCGCUGCGCUUCCUUCUGUGCUGGCUUCCCCAUCCCCGACGCUGACGCCGUGCACCGGACGGCCGCUGCGUACGCCCGGGCAGAGCACGCCCAGUCCUGGCCCUCGAUCAACCUGCUGCUGGAGACGGUGGACUCGGAGGUGCGGAGCUGCCCGCUGUGCCAGCUGGCCUUCCCCAUCGGCUACCCGGACGAUGCCCUGGUGAAGCACAUCGACUCGCACCUGGAGAACAGCAAGAUCUGA